ACAACCUAAUAAGGUGUCAAUAAUUGAUUCCAAAACAUUUAAUUAUGUAUUACGUUGCGUUCAUACAAUAAUAUCUGCUUGUGAUACUAGCUACUAUAUAAAUCAGAGGCAUCAUGCUACAUGCUUCAUUCCAUUCUUGGUACUUAAUUUCAAUUAUUCUUUAAAAAUGGUGGGAAGUGUUGAUUCAAGCAUGAAUGGAGGAGGUGUAGGGGGAUGUUUGAUCAAAGAACUAGUCCAUCAUGAUGGCGAAAGGGAGAAGAUAGUUCUGGGAAGAGAUAUGCAUACGGUGUCGUUUGAAAUCACUGAACCAGAUCUGGAUGAUGACGUUACAGGAGAAAGAGAAGCUUAUAUGGCUAGUGUUUUAUCCAAGUACAAAAAAUCCCUGACAGAAAAAACCAAGUUCCAUCUAGGCUAUCCGUACAAUCUGGAUUUCGACUACGAUGCGCUGUGUCAGCUUCAGCACUUCUCCAUAAACAACCUGGGGGAUCCGUUUAUUGAGAGCAACUACGGGGUGCACUCGAGGCAGUUCGAGGUUGGUGUUUUGGACUGGUUUGCAAGGUUGUGGGAACUUGACAAGAACCAGUACUGGGGAUACAUAACAAACUGUGGCACAGAAGGGAAUCUCCAUGGAAUCCUUGUUGGCAGAGAGGUGUUUCCAGAUGGAAUCUUGUAUGCCUCUCAGGAAUCACACUUUUAAGUCCAAGCUUCUUUGUAACAAGGAUAAGCCUGCAAUUGUUAAUGUUAACAUAGGUACAACUGUCAAAGGAGCUGUUGAUGAUCUUGAUUUGGUUAUUAACAAGCUUCAGGAAGCAGGAUUCUCCCAUGACAGAUUCUAUAUCCAUUGUGAUGGGGCUUUGUUUGGUCUCAUGUUACCUUUUGUCAAACGAGCUCCGAAAGUGAGUUUCAAGAAGGCAAUUGGAAGCGUGAGUGUGUCAGGGCACAAAUUCGUUGGGUGUCCAAUGCCAUGUGGGGUGCUGAUAACAAGAUUGGAACACGUGAAGGUGCUGUCAAGGAACGUAGAGUACCUUGCCUCGAGAGAUGCAACAAUCAUGGGUAGCCGUAACGGCCACGCGCCACUCUUCCUAUGGUACACUCUAAACAGAAAAGGAUACAGGGGAUUCCGGAAAGAGGUUCAGAAAUGCUUGAGGAACGCACACUACUUCAAGGACCGCCUCGUCCACGCGGGGAUCGGAGCAAUGCUGAACGAGCUCAGCAGCACCGUCGUGUUUGAGCGCCCUCACGACGAGGAGUUCGUGCGCAAGUGGCAGUUGGCGUGCCAGGGGAACAUAGCACAUGUUGUGGUCAUGCCAAACGUCACCAUACACAAGCUGGAUGAUUUUCUUGACGAGCUUGUGCAAAAGCGUGAUGCAUGGUUCGGAGAAGGGAAAUCUCAGCCUCCUUGUAUAGCUUCUGAUGUUGGCAUACACAAUUGCCUUUGUGCUUUGCAUAGGUGAGAAACUGUCACUCGGAUAUUUAUAGAGUUGUUGUUGUGUGUAAACGCUUGUAUGUAUGAUUUAUGUUUCUUAAUGUUUGUGGUAUUCAAAGCAAAUGUAGCUACACUGGAAUGGAUGAAUUGAAGAUUGUUUAAUACCAGACUUGUUUUAAUUUUCA